AUGACGCAACUCACUAUCUUGGGUCUUGGUGAAAAUCACUUCACAGGCUCAGUUCCUUCAUUGGUAAGACUUUUGAAUCUAGAUGGUUUGCUACUUAAUGGUAACAAAUUUGAUGAGAAAGGACGGUUUCCCACUUGGCUUGGAAAGCUGACUAAACUUAGUGAACUCUAUCUGUCUGAUAUGAACAUAAACGGAGAAAUCCCACUCUUUCUGUCCAACCUAACCAAACUUAGUGAGGUAGGAAUGCCAAGAAAUUCUCUUGCUGGUGGUAUACCAACCUGGUUGUUCAACCUCACCCAACUAACAUAUUUAAAUCUUCAGAUAAAUCAAUUGCAAGGACCAAUUCCAAACACAUUUUCCAACUUCAAAAAUCUUCAGUAUCUUAACCUAGGUGGAAACAAUUUCAGUGGUAGGGUAGAACUCGACAUGUUCCUAGGACUCAACAAACUUCAAGCAUUAGCCUUAGGUUAUAACAAGAUAUCAUUAGUAGUCACCAACAACUACACCAAUACCACUUUACCAGAAUUGCAUAAGUUAGGACUAUCAUCAUGCAACUUGAAGGAAUUUCUUGCCUUUUUGCGCUUCCAAAAUAAAAUGGAUACCUUACUUCUUGAGCGCAACAAAAUUGAUGGGCUGGUACCGGUGUGGAUCUGGAACAACAGCCGGGAAACAUUAGAGUUUCUUGAACUUGCACACAACUCCAUCACUGGCUUUGAUCAGCAUCCUCAUUUUCUCCCAUGGACAAAUUUAGAAGUAAUUUUUAUCAAUGAUAAUCAGUUACGAGGACAACUACCAAUUCCACCAAAAACCACAGUUAUGUAUUCUGUCUCACAUAAUAACCUCACAGGAGAAAUACCAGCAUCGAUAUGUGAAUUGAAAUAUCUUCAGCUGUUAGAUUUGUCAUUUAACAACAUGAGUGGAACACUUCCUUCAUGUUUAGGUAUCUUAAGCAAUUCGUUGAUUGCUUUGUAUCUGAAACGAAACAACUUCCAUGGAAAAAUGAUGAAUGCUUUUAUGUCCGGAAGCCUGUUGAACCACCUUGAUUUGAGCGAAAAUAGAUUCAUCGGUCAACUUCCAAGAUCACUGAUGAAUUGUACACACUUAGAGUUUCUCUCUCUUGAAGAUAACUCUUUUCAUGAUGUCUUUCCUUCUUGGUUGGGAACUCUUCCCAGGCUGCAAGUUCUGGUUUUGCGGUCCAACAAACUACAUGGUCCAAUUGACGGUUCCACUGCUGCUUCCUCACGGUUCCCUAUGCUGCGGAUCAUAGACCUCUCUAACAACCGUUUCAGUGGUCAGUUGGACCAAAAGUACUUUCAAACAUGGCAUGCCAUGAGCUCUGGAAAUCUUGGCGUAUCAUCUGUUAUGGAAACAAAUAUAUCCUCCAAACAUGUCAAAUUAGAUUAG